AUGUUAGGAUCUUUCCGAAAUUACAUCGAUUAUACAGUUGGAGUUGGUGCUUAUUUAAUGUCAAAAUUUGUCAAAUCAAGUAUGGCACAAAAAUUAACACCAUUAGAUAAUAUUUCAAAACUUUCACCUACUGUAACGAGAGUUCUUGGUCAAAAUCCUAGUUCAUUUACUUUAUUAGGAACUAAUACUUAUCUUGUUGGAAGUGGUGAAAAGAAAGUUCUUAUAGAUACUGGUGAAAAAAAUAUUCCAAAAUAUAUUGAUCUACUAAAAGAAGCUUUAGGUACAUGUAAAAUUGAUUCUAUUAUUAUAACACAUUGGCAUGGUGAUCAUGUUGGUGGAAUUCCAGAUAUUCUUAAAAUUACUAACAAAAAUAUACCAAUUUAUAAAAUUAAACGUCCUGAUAUUGAAGUUGAAAAUCAAUCAGAGUUGUAUAAUUAUGUUGAAGAUGGGUAUAUCAUAAAGACUGAUGGAGCUACAUUAAAAAUGAUUGCUACACCAGGUCAUACCAUGGAUCAUGCAGUAGUGUAUUUAGAAGAAGAAAAAGCAUUAUUUUCUGGUGAUUGUGUUUUAGGUGAAGGAACAUCUGUCUUUGAAGAUUUAUAUACUUACAUGAAUAGUCUCAAUAUUCUUUUAUCUCUGAAUCCAGAAAUAAUUUAUCCAGGACAUGGUCCUGUUAUAAAAUCACCUAAAGAUAAGAUAACGGAAUACAUUAAACAUCGUAAUCAGAGGGAAGAACAAAUUUUAAAAUGCUUAGAGGGAAAAGAAUAUAUGACUAGUAUGGAUAUAACUAAUAAUGUUUAUACAGAUAUUAAUUUGUCAGUCAAAAUUGGUGCAUGGAAUAAUGUUAGAAAUCAUCUUUCAAAAUUAUUAAAAGAAAAAAAGAUCACUGAGAUUAGUAAUGAUCGUUACAAGUUAAACUGA